UUUUAGUUUUUGUUUUUCUCAAAAGCUGUCGGGUUAAGUGUUCAAGUCAAACUUUGACGUUAACUUCAAAAGAUUAUGGUUUAAAUACUAAGUUUCUGUAAACUCUUAGUAAGAUCUCUUAUGUAUAAACAAUUCCUUUUACAGUUAUGUUAUUUUAGAGAUCUAAAUUGUUCGUAUUAUACCUAAAUUUCAAAUUUCACAAUGAGUAUUACAAGAUUACAAGUAGAUAUUAAAAGGCUUUUGGCAGUAUGUGAAGAUAUGGCUCAGAACAAUUCUUCUGAUGACUGGCGAUUAAGCAAGUACAUAGAAGCUGUUAGUGAAAUGAUUGCAGAACUAGUGAAAAAAAGUGAUCCUGAUAACGAUACACUUAAUCAAUAUACGAGGAGAAUGCAAUUUUUGAAAGGAUUUUUGAAUACUAAAGACAUUAAAAAUACAGAAGACAAGUUGGUAGCUUUAGAAAUGUUAGAACCAGUUCAAGUGAAUAAUAGUCGUUCGAAAGAUAUAAAACAGAAAUAUAAAAUGACUUAUACAAAACAACUCAGGGAAGAACUACUUGGAAGUGAUACAAGUGAAUCAAAAUCUUUCAGACAACCAGACGUAGAAAGUAAUGAUAAUGUAGACGAGUUACUGAGACAUCAUCAAAAUAAACAAGAGUCCAUCGCCGAGGAGUUAAUGUCUAUUACUAAAAGUUUACGGGAACACUCUGAACUCGCUGGAAAAAUAAUAAAACGGGACAUAGAAGUGUUAGAAAGUUCGUCAAAAGGAAUGGAUAGCAAUUUUGAAAAUUUAAAACGCGAAGAACAAAGGUUAUCGGAUUUUGUGAGAAAAAGUAGUUGGAGGUGUUGGAUAUGGAUUAUAGCUGUUGUUAUGGUCGCUAUAUUUAUAAAAAUGAUUUUGUUCAUACGGAUUACCAAAAAGAACUAAAUGAAGUAUAUCAACUAUAAUAAAAAAAAAUUCUUUUUCAAUUCUUAUCCCCGCAAUACUUGUCGUUAUAACAAUGAAAAAUUGAAGUUGAAGCAAUAUGAUUAAAAAAGUGAAAUUAAUGUGUUCUAUAGCUUCUAUUCAUAAGUUAUAGCAGAAUAUUUGGUUCGGCUUUUAGUAAUUUAUACACCAAUUAUUUUAUUAAAACAUUUUUGUAAUUUUUUAGAGAAAAAUAUAUUACGGUUAUUGGAAUUGUUAAAUUGUUAUUAUGUUUUAAAUAAAUACUCUUUUAUAAUGUUAA